UUAAGUCAAGUUUAAAAUGUGUGUAUGUAUACACCACUUCAAUACACCUGCAAAUAUAACUUGUUAAGGAAUAAUUUAAAUAGUCCACCACUUAACGCUUCGAUUUACAAAGUAAUUCAGUGCUUACCUGCUUGGAUACUGAUUUAUAUAUAAUUGGCAAAAUGGUCGAGUAUACAAUGAUACUAGUUCUUGUUCUAAGUAUUCUGACAUGGAUCACAACAAAUAGUUACUACAAUUACACUUAUUCAAAACCUCAGGAUUGUCAAGAUGUUCAAAAGUACGGGCGCGUUGAAACUGGUGUUUACACAAUAUACCCGGUAGGAACUUUGGGAUUUCCGGUCAGGUGUGAUUUUGAUGAUUCUACUUCCGGUGCAUGGACUUUGAUACAACGUCGAGUUUCAGCUAGUGACUUGUACAAAAGCUGGAAUGAAUAUCAGGUUGGAUUUGGAGAUCUUAGCGACAAUUUCUGGCUUGGAAAUCAACAAAUUCAUAUGAUUACAAGGCAAGGCUGGUAUGAGCUACGCAUUGAUAUUGUAUCUCCUGAAUAUGAAGUGGCACAUGCGGUAUAUAAUGUUUUCUAUGUCGGUGAUGCGAAGUUAAGAUAUGAACUGCUUGUUGAUGGAUAUAGUGGGACAGCCGGGGAUAGUAUGUGGAUACAUAACGGACAAAAAUUUACGAUAAUGACACACACGAAAGGAACUGUGCAGUGGAUUUUAAAGAUGGGUGGUGGCAAAGGGUGGUAUGGCCCACGCAUUGAUAUUGUAUCUCCUGAAAAUGCAGUGGCACAUGCGUUAUAUAAUGUGUUCUAUGUCGGUGAUGCGAAGUCACAAUAUGAACUGUUUGUUGAUGGAUAUAGUGGGACAGCCGGGGACAGUUUGGGGCCAUACAAUGGAUAUAAAUUUACAACUAAAGAUAGAGAUAAUGACCAGCACGAAAGUAAUUGUGCAGUGCGAUUUAUAGGUGCAUGGUGGUAUGGAAAAUGCCAUCAAUCAAAUCUUAAUGGUGACUAUGGUAAUACUCAAUUCGGGGAAGGUUUGUCCUGGUAUCAUUGGAAAGGAUAUUACGUUUCAAUGAAAACAACAGAAAUGAAGAUCCGGCGAUGGCAGUCUCUGAAUAUGCAUGGAUAAAAUUAUAUGACACACAGAUAAUGAUAAAAAUGAACUAAUACAAUUAUAUCUAAUACGAAAUAACAAUAAUAAUAUUGAUGAUAAUGAUAAUAAUAUAAUAUAAUAAUUAUUAUAAAGUUUUUAUUUAACGAGAUAACUCACUUGAACAAUAUAUCAAUCUUCCAUGACAUGGUAUUGGGAUGUAAAGUUGAAAAUCAUCAGAUGAUGAACGCAAAAUGGGAGUAUGAACAUCUGACGAUAAAAUUAGAUUAUUUAAUAAAUAGGAAUAGAUUAUAAAUUAAUCAUAAUAGCUUUUUGAAAAAAAACAACCCUCUGUGAAAAGGUCAUCCAGCGGAGUUCAGAAAAUAGUUCAGCAGAUGGAGUGUCAUAAUCUUUGUCUAAAAUUUGUCUUGCAGCUCUCUUUUGGAACUUAAUAAGUUAAUCUUACAUGUGCAGUUACCAUAAAUUAUACAACAAUUGUUUUAACAAUAGUAAAGAUGUGUAACAAUAAACAGUAAAAUAACAGUAAAAGCAAUAGUAAAGAUAUGGUAAAAUAUAUGCAUUGUAAAACAUUAUAGUAUUAUUAAGAACAUUAUCAAUAUGACAUUGCCAAGACAAGGUAUUAUUAAUUGUAUAAUACCCAAUAUUUUUUUCUUCAGAGCUUCAAACAAUUUGUUCAGUAUACACCAAUUUUUAUUAUAGGAUAGAUAUGCUUAAAUUUUGUUCAGUAUUUAACUCGCGAAUUUCGUACAUUUAGCACGAAAUUCGCGAGUUUCUGUAACUGGAUUUUCUAUUUUUGUUUGUUUGCUUGUUGUGUUACUGAUCAUGGAAUAAAAUUAAACAAUUGACAGUUUACAUACGGUGUACAUACAGGCAGUUUCAUAGCCGUUGAUAAUUUUUUUGCAUAUUCAUAACAUACGCGCUUUUUCAUACUCGUUCGUGUUUUCAUAAUAUCAACGAUUUGCCGAACUGGAACCCAGGAUAUUGUCCUUUUUAUUUACUUUGUCUUUUGAUUAAAUAUAUUUUCUUCUUUUUAAUUUCUAUUUCUUUCCUUCCUUUUUUGUUUCUUUUUUAUUUCAUUUCAUUUUAAAGAUCGAAAUAUUUUAACACAUUGCGAUUACGAAAUAAUAAUAAUUUUAAUAUACAUGAAUCAUUAUAAACACACUUUAUUUCAU